GUUGGCAAUCCUGCCGACAAGUGUCAAACGUCAUGUUGACAUUGACAGUUCCUGUAAAAUAACAAUACGAAAUAAUUCGUAAUUUGUGCAAAAUGCCUGCCGCUGUGGACAACAGCAAGCCGGAUCGGUCCGAGCAGAUGUGGAAGGUGCUCAAAGCGCACAUUCUGCGUGAGCGCGCUCGCAAAAAGCAAGAACGGGAGGCCGAAGUGGAAGAGGAACGUCUCCGUAAAGAACGCGAAGCUCGCGAGCAACAAGACGUCAUGACUUUGGGUGAAACCCGCGAACAGAUCUCACAGCUUGAGAGCAAGCUCCAGAAACUGAAAGAGGAGAAACACCAGUUGUUUUUACAGUUGAAAAAAGUCCUCAACGAGGAUGAUAAUAGGAGGCGACAGAAGGAGAACAAUGACGUGCUGGCGAUUCAAGCCCUCCCGACGGGUCUGGUGCACCACCAGCCGUUGUACAUCUCGCCCAGUGUGCCCCGCAAUGCUGUGCCCCAGCAACAAACGUUUAAAACUGCGGUCAAACGCCCGCGGAGCCCUAGCCCGCAGCCGGCCCCCGUGUCGUCCUACCACCAAGGCUAUGGCUACAAGCCCUCAGUGGCGGUCUCUUCCUACCAGAACUCGCCCCAAAAAGAUGAUGGUAGACGUAAUGAGUUAGUGAGGGCAGUUUUAUGGAACAAGACGCAAUAUCCGAGUCAGCAAGCAACGUUUUAUUCGGUCUCUCCGCAGGAUAUUUCGAUGUAUUAUCCUUUGGGGUCCAUCUCGUCGCGGGAGCCCCCACCCUCUAGGAGCGCCUACGAGCCCCCACGGCCCCAAACGUACCACUUGGAGCAGAAAUUACCCGAACAUUACACUCUAAGAGUACCGAGUUCGCACGGACACGUCAUUCAUGGGGGCUCCAUACCCUUGAGCCCCGCGCAGCCCAAGACUGGGAGCAUCACAGCGGGGUACCCCGUCAGGAGCCAACAACAAUACCAACAAUCAGCCCCCGCGUCACUUUAUACGGCUCAAAGUCGGCCGUUGUAUCAAUCGCCAGGGACUCCAAUGAAUUAUCCUCCAAGAGAAUAAGAAAUAAAAAUUAAUAACUAACUAA